UAAUAUAAACAAACACACACAGAUACACUCGCAAAUAAAGUCCUUUUCGGUUUUUGUGGUUUUGCUUUUGAGAGCGAAAGUGAAUACAACAGUAACGAGCGAAUUGAAUGAACUUUGUAACUGCUCAGCGUGUUGAUAGCCACAAACAAUGUCGUGUGCUCUGGCAGCAUUCGUGCUCUCGAGGAGGCGACACUAAGCCACUUGCAGAAGAAAAAAGGAAAAAGUUAUUUACUACCCUUAUUGCACUUAUCAGCAACGUUGGACUCAACACUCACCAAUACCAGCACGCGGUGAGCGUAUGCGCUGCCAUUGUGUGGGAGUCGAGGAGUCGCUCGGAAAAGCUGGCUCUCCGAGAUAUCCUUUUGGCCGAGACGGUGUGUCGGAGUGGCGACGUGGCUGUUUUUCGCUUUGCUUUGGUUCGCCAUGCUUGCAGGCGGAAAAUUCAAAUCAGUCUACAGAAAACGCGUCCGUGAACAGAAGUGGCCGUGUGAGGCUACACUUUCCGCGUGUAAUUUUUGUCGGUAUGAUAAAUAAGUGAUACACCCUGUAAAAGUUCUUAAUAACAAAAAUGGCCGCGUCUAUUUAUGCCACCCCACCGCCAGACUUAAGCAGCGAGGACACUGCACUUUCAGAUGUCUCCAAUGCAUCCUCGCUAAAUAACCGCAGCAGCAGCAAUAGUAAUAGUAACAUAACAGCCAACAACAAUAACAGCACAAGCUGUACCAACAACACAACUACAACAAGUACGAACACAGCAGCAAAUAAACAGAAACGCAGCAUCGCCGAAGUGCUGGCCAGCAGCGAGAGCCAAGCGAGCUCAGCAAACCCACACUCGCCGAAACAGAGCAGAAGAGUAUCGCCAAAAACCUCUAAUGGCGGAAACGUUACAAGUGCCGCAAUUACACUGGAGGAGGCCAUUGAUAGCACAGUACGAGAUGAGGGGACACUAGAAGACGACGCCGACAUGUCAACGACACCACUCGCCGAUGGCGGCGCCUCAGCGGCUGCAGUGGCAGCUAUGACGGCGGCGGCCGCUAACGCAGCAGCCAUGCAACUGCAGUUCUUGGAGGCAAUAAACGAUGCUGCGAAAAAGCGACGCAAGCAGAAUAAUCCCAGUAAGGUGGGCGCACAGGCCGCGGCCGCAGCUGCCGCAGCGGCGGCACUAAAUUUAAAUGAGGGCACUGACGGCGCUCUAAUCAAUGCGGCUGCAGAAGCCAUAAUAGCAGAUAAGGACCAAUUUGGAACGGGCGGCAUGGCACCGACUACACUGCCAAUUGAUUAUGAGGACAAAUUAUCGAAAAUGUUUUUACCAAAAUCAAUAGAGCAGUUGAAGGAAACGUUCGAAUUGCUGCAACAGAAGCAGCACCGAUUUGGAAACAUAUCACCAGACACUGGAGCGGCACGCGCCGAAGAAAGUCUUUCCACGCCACAUUUGAUUAAAGCCAAAACAGAAAUUGAUUCCGAAAUGAAAACUACAAGUAAUGAGUUGGCCAACGAGGAAUGUUCACCGAAUUCACAAGAGGCAGGAGAAGAGCUAGGAAAUCCUUAUCACACCUUUUGCAAGACAUGUGGUGAAAACUUUGAAACCGAAUUUAAACUGGGCUUGCAUAUGCUACAAGAACAUCAGAAUGAUGAGACCGAACAAGAGAGUGUCAACCGUGCCGUAGAUGAGGCGCAACAAAAAGCAGAGCUCAUACCGUACGACAUGUUGUCCUCAGUAAGUGUUAAAAUGGAACGUCCUGACUAUGAGAGUUCCACUUCACCUCCCGCUGUCACCACUGCCGGUAAUCAUAAUGAACACCAUAACACAAACCUUCUAUCCAACGGCAAAGAGCCAUGGCUGAACACUAUGCCGGGCAUGGGAUUUCCAUUUCCUCCGGAGGCAGCCGCUGCAGCAGCAUUGUCGGCCAGCGGAUAUUUACCGCUGUUAGGUAUGCCCGGAUUUCCAACUGUUGACGGUUUGAAUCGUCCGCCGAUUCGCAUUUUCAAUCCCGAAGCCUACUGCGACCUCUGUAAUAAGGAAUUCUGCAACAAGUAUUUCCUUAAGACACACAGAGCUAACAAGCAUGGUAUUUACGACCCAGCAGUUUCAGCUGGUAGCGAGAGUGCAGCAAAUGGCAGUGGUGCAAAUAUGAGUGCCAUGACUCAGAUGCUACAGCUGCAAAUGCAGCAGCAACAACAACAACAGAGUAUGCAACAGUUACAACAGAAGCAGCAAAUGGCUUUGGAAGAGGCGCAGAAGCAACAAAUUAGUUCGCAAACCACCAACGGUGCACCGCCUCAGCAGCUGACACCACCCGCACCGCCACCGGUGUACUGCGAUGUUUGCUCAAAACGUUUCACCAAUGUAUUCGCCAUGCGCCGUCAUCGCGCCAAAGCACACGAUCAACCACGCAGCAGCCCUGGCGAACCGACCAUUCCCACGCCACCGCCACAGCAAUCGAGCGUGCCAACAUCCAAACCAGACACACAGUCCCCAGUUGCUCAAAAUGAAUCAAAACAUGAUCUGUCUAACAUUAGUUCACCGACAGAUACCGAAGGUAAACAGUUCCAAAUGCCCGAUGGCUUCCGACAGGACUUCACACUUGAACAAGAAGAAGUGGCCUUCACGCCACAGCCACGUAAACUCUCACCACAAUCGCAACAGCAGGCACGCGAUGCCAAUUUCUCACACGAUAAGUUGCGUCGCCUCGGUGUGGUUAAUCCGGAAGCAUUUUGUGAAAUAUGUUGCAAGGAAUAUUGCAACAAGUACUUCCUGCGUACACAUAAAUGGAAGCGUCAUGGUAUUUUCGUACCUCCAGAUGAUCUUAAGGAUGAACAACUUCAGCUUGCCCAAAAGAUGCCGUGGCCCUUUAUGGGUCUACCCGGUAUGCCACUAAAUUUGAUGAUGGCUAAUGACAAGGCGCUUAUGGCCCAACGAAUGUUUGCCGCGGCCACUUCGAACGUUUCCACCGCGUCCAAUAUGAGCGCUGACGAUACUCCACAGCAUAUAGCUAAACGCAUUAAGCUCGAGCAAGAUGAUGAAGAGGUUUCUAGAGGAAAUGAUGAAAACCAGGAAAAUAAAUGUUUGUCCGGUCGUCAGUCGGCCGAGCAACAACAGCAACAAACGGGUUCGCACAGUGUGGCGUCUACUCCAGAACCACAAAAGAUUUUAGCGGAAUCCUAUAAUUCGGGUGCCAAUAUGCCAGCCAGUCCCGAGACCGCCGUUGGUUUGCAGAAUUUACAAAAACUGCAAUCCAUGAUACAACAACUCAACGACUUGAAUGGCAAACGUUCGAUGGGUUGCCAUCUCUGUGGCCGCGAAAUGGAGAACCAGUAUGCACUACAAGUUCACAUGAUGACCGAUCACGCCGGUCUGUUGGAUGGUAGCAGCACACUGCCACUUAACUUUCAACAGCAUCUCUUCCAGCAACAGCAACAAAUGCAGGCACAACAACAACAACAAGUGCUCAAACAUUCGCCCUCAGGUUCCCCUGGUAUUAUGCCACCGCUCAACGAAAUGCGCUGCAAUCAGUGCGAUCGUGACUUUGCCAAUAUUCAAGAAUUCAAACAACAUAUCGCCGAAGUUCAUUUACUACCCGGAAGUCCGCUACGUGACGGAUUCGCCACACCCGAGCGUCCCAUCAAUCCGAAUGCUGCUUCGAUGGGCUCACGUCCACCCUACACCAUAACGCCGACCAGCAGCUAUUGCGAAAUUUGCAACAAGGAGCUGUGCAACAAAUACUUCAUGAAGACACACAUGCAACGUAUGCACGGCAUUGAAAUCGAGAACGGCGCUCAAAUCGGUGGAGUUGUCUGCAACAUUUGCAACAAAGAGCUCUGCAGCAAAUACUUCUUGCGUGUACACAAACAAAACACGCACGGCAUUGUCGACGAAGGCGCUCCGUUGCCACAACCGCGUCAAAAUGGCUUGAACUUUGAUGCACAGCAGCAACAACAACAGCAGCAACAGCAAAUGUCAUCCGUAGAAACCGAUCUCAACCGCGGUCUGAACCUGAGCCCCUUUGGUAGUGGCAAUUCCGGUGACUCCAAAUCGGAUUACGCCAAUUAUGCAGAGGUCUGUGUGAUUUGUACACGUCGAUUCCGCAGUGCAAAAUGGCUGCGUGCGCAUUUACAAAGCGACCAUGGCCCAGCCGGUAUUGAGAAACUACGCGAACUGGAACAACAAUACGGUCCUCUAAGCAAGUCAUCCAGUCCUACGCUCAAAAUACCCAACGGCUCAGCUAGUUCCGGUUCUAACUCGAACAAUAUCAAUGCUACAACUGGAACGUUGCCUAACCCAGCGAAUCUUGCUCAAGCUCUGCAAAAUCUCAAUGCACAACAUCUGCUCGGUAACAUGCCCAAGAACAUCUUGCCGGGCAUGUUUGCUGCUGCAGCUGAACAAACGCAAUCCACACCACGUCUACAAGAAUACCAAUGCUCCAUUUGUCCCUUCACCACUCCGUACUAUGCAUUCCUCUUCAUACACGAACGUUCCCACACGCUGCUCGGCGGUGCUGGAGAGAUGAGCUUAACUGCUCCAGAGCAUUUAAUGCCCGGCGGUGGCAUUAAGGACGAGACAAAUGGAAGUGGUGAAACCAAAUCGAGGUCAGACUCCAACAAUACAGUAAUGACCGACAAGUCUUCAUUGCUGUCAGUGGCACAGGCCAAUAACAAAACAAUGGAGAGCGGACGCGUCGAACCCACUAAUCUGUCUACACGCUCGUCCUCACCGUCUGGCAGCACAAAGAAAUCAAAAUCAACCAAAGAGAAUCAGGUGCAGCGCAAUGCAAAGCAAAGCGAAACAAAAGAGAGUCAAAAGGAGAUCGUUACUACCAAGUCUUUCGCGCACAUCAAGGUGGAGAAAACACGCACAAUCGCGACCUCACCCAUAUCCACAGCCGCCAACAAUACGUUCGCUCAGGUCGCGCUCAAUGAUUUAGCGGAGAAAUGUGGUAAGGUGGCAUCCUACGCAGUGCCGAAGGAUGUGGCAGGCGACGGUCCGGAGGAGGGCGAACCUCAAAUGCAGGCUUUUGUAUUGGAGAUCCAGCAUGAGCGUGAAAUGGACACCAUGCCGGAAGGCGCCAGUGCUGAGGAGUCCAGUAACAGUAACAGGUUUGUGCCAGCUAUAGUUUAUUUGCCCGUUAGAAGACGCAUUUCAGGGCCCGUAACGGUGUCCUUUAACUUGACACCAGCCUAGAGCGCUGGAGCUUAUGACUAAGGCGCGUUGCUUGAACAAAUUGUUGCCAGAUGCUGCGUUUGUGAUGUUAAUAGAUUUCCACAAAAGCAAAGAAAUCGUUUACAAAAACAGGCCAGAUCUUAUAGUAACUGUCUUUAGUUGAGCAAUAUUUCCAUUAUCAAGUUAAAACUUUACUAAAUAACCAAGAAGACUGAGUGUGCUUUUACUUAAGAAUUAUUCGUAGAAGACAACGGUGUAUAAUUAUUAAACGCAUUAAUAUUUUUUUAAAUCAAUUUAAUUGUACUUAUCAUAAACCAACAUCUGGCAGCAUUGGGCGCAAGUGAAUCGGGCUUAUCACUAAGUGUUCGGUGGUGAAAAAAUCAAAAGUUCCUAUAAUAAAAAUCAAAAUAUUUUUUUUAUAAAAAAAAAUACAAAAACUUAGCGAAAAUGCAAAUUCUAUACGUACAUACAUAAUUAAAUCAAAGCUCUGCAACUUUAGCAAGCACAAACAGUCACACAUACAGAUUGCAGAGUAGUUAAAUUUACACAUAAAUAUUGACAUACAAACGUAGGCGUGUGUGAGACAUUGCUCGUUGAGGUGAAAGAAAGCGUCUGCAAUAUUAAACAAAUAUUUAGAAAUAUGCUUACAUAUUGUAGUUUCGAAUUUAAGAAUACCCACACAAGACACACACACUUACAAACAUCCAUGCUUAUAUCUAUACAUACGCAUGGAAUCCACAAAGGGAAAGGCUUUGCUCAAAAUCAUACAAAUUUCAGUCAAACUAUGGAAAAAAUGAAUUUACUCUUAAUAAUAUUAACAAUUAGUUACAAAAAACUUAGUUAUCGAUGGACUUCGUAUAAGAUAGUAGCCUAACACAAGUACACACAGACAGACACAGCCACACAAUGUAUAAUGAAUACGUACGUACAUACUACACGAAUUUGCCAAACGAACCACAUACUAAAACAGUAAAUUAAACAAGUACAUAUAUUACAUAACAUAUAGUAUAUAUGUACACUUAUGGUGUUUAGCUAUUGAAUGAGUAUAGUGCAUAUACUUUUCCACAUAAAUACACCGCACAUACUUAUAUGAGUAAAUAAAUAAGGUAAAUCAAAACAGGACAAGAACGUUUUCUCAGGGCAAAAGUACAAUUUACUUAGUACUUUCCAUUAAAAAAAACUUAUUACUUAAAAUAAUAGUAGUAAUUAAAUACAUACAUAUAUAAUAUAUAAUGUAAAAGAAACACAAAACAACAAAUUGUGUAGCGGCUUGGGUGAAUAUUGGUUAAAAAGCGAGUAGAAAGAAAAAACAUUUAAAAUACCGCAUUACUACCUCAUAUAACUAAUAACAAUAAGACGAAUUGCCAGGUAAAUUUCCAAGCCAUUCAUUUGAGCAGAUUUUUUAGUAAAAAUUACCUCAAAGUAGCGAAAAUCAAGUAAAGGGGGGACAUUGUCAUAGUAACGGCGUAGCGUUGGAAGUUGUAUGUGCUUAUGUAGUUGUUGUAUUUAAAUUAAUUUAUCACUUAAAGUUUACGAAAUUCUUUUACACUGUACUGGAAAACACAAAGACGCAAAAGACAUUCCAUAAAUCAAUAUGAAAUCUACAAGUAAGCUGGUUCGCAAGAGAAUCAAAAGUUGGGCUCGUAGACCUUUUCAUACUAAUUACUUGCCGUUAUUAAAUAUAUACCGUAUUAUAUACAAAUGGUAAAACAAAAAAAUACCAAAAGACAACAAAUUUUAUUACACCAACAAAGCGGCAGUUUAAGAGAUACACAAGUGGUUCGCUCGGAUUUGGAUUUAAAAAUAUAAUAGAAAUGCCUGACUAUUGCCGUAAUAUAAUUUUUAUGGUUUUUUAAAUAACGGAAAGCCUUUCAGUUUUCCAAGUAAUCACGAGCCCAACUUAGUCUAGUCAAUGUAUUUUAUACAAACAGUCUUGCUGAUAGCUCAAAGCUUAGUGGACUUUAGCCAUAAGCCCGAGCAAAAAAAGUCACGAAUAUAUUAUAUAUAACAAUAGGUUAUUAGAAAUACAAACAUGUAACGACAAAGCUGCGAUGCUCAUUAUUUGCGGGCGCACAUCAUUGUAUAUUAAUUUUUUAGUAUUUAAGAUGGUUUUAACGUUGUGCGCCCGCAACUAGCAAGUGUUGCAGUUUAUGAAAAUAUAAAUCACGCUACAAAAUUAAGUAAUUCAAUGACAAAAAAAUUAAUAUUAGCAAAAACCGAAAAUAAUAGAAACAUACAUACAUACGAGUUUAUACUUAUGUAUGUGAAUCGAACAGUACAACGGCAAUUGCUAUUUUUGUGAAUUUUUUUAAGUAUUUUAAAAAGCUGCGUGCCUUUUAGCGAUUGCCGAUUCUUACUGCUUUUACUUUAAUUUGAUCAAUUUUGCAAAAAAACGCUCUUGAUUAUUGUAAUUAUUUAAUGAUAACAUUUUAAUUUUAAGACUUAAAUGUAUAAUUUAAUUUUAGUAUUUUAGUU